UUGACGUUUCAACUUCAAGCCCUUAAUGAGAAAGCAGUGGACACAGACUCGAACGUUACAAAGGCUCGUGAGCGCAUAGCUGAGAUCACGCACGAAAUUGAGGGUAUGAGAGAUCAACGUGAUGAGAAGAUGCGUCGUAUUGCAGAGUUACAAUCAAAUAAUCAGCAGCUAAGUGUCCAAGCACAGGAGUUAGCACAUCAACUUCUGCAGCUGCAAAGCGCGAAUAAAGAAACGGUAGCAAGAAAAGCUGAAUUGGAAGAGCUAAGGAAGCGAAGAGAUGCUGCCAAAGUUAUAGUCGCGGAAACAGCUGCACAGUUGGAGACGACGCGAUCGAGGACGGCGACGCAAAUGGCUGAGGCCGAUAAGAAAACCGAGGAGUACGAGACGGCACGAGCAGAGCUGGUAAAGGCACGCGAUGAUUAUCGAAGAGUGCUGCAUACACUUGCCGAUUUACAGACGCAGGCUCGCACAAAAUUAUCGGAACGAGAUGCGGAGAACGCAAGGCUCGCAGCGGAAGCUAAGGCCAAAGAAGAAGCUGAACGGGAGCUUGAAUGUAGACGUCGUGCAGCCGAGGAAGCAGCUAGUGCUGUUCAAGCGCAGGCAUUCGGUGAAGUGUUCCCGGCUCCUACUGCUAAUGCAACGACUAAUGAAUCAAGUAAUAACAGAGCUGAAGCACCUGUGAAACAAGAUAGCGUGUCUGGCAAUGCAUUGCCACUAGCCAGCGCUGAAGGCACGACAAAGUACCGUGCACUGUUUGAAUUCAACGCCAGGAGUGAGGACGAGUUGAGUUUCCAGCCAGGUGACGUCAUCUUGGUGUUCGAAUCGCAUGCCGCCGAACCGGGCUGGAAGGCUGGGCAGAUCCGUGAUAAGGUGAGAAGGUUGUACUUGUGUUCCAACGUUUUUGGUGGGCUUUUGCAAGUUCUCAGUGGGUAG